UUCAAGGUGUCCAACAAGGUAAGAAUUGUUUCCAGCCACAAACCAAAGAAACAUGCCACAGGCCCAAGUAAAUACAUUCCACGUGGUCGACUACAUUGUCUUCGCUGGCACUUUGCUGGUCUCAGCUGGCAUCGGCGUUUACUCGGCCUUCACGGGCGGCCAUCAGAAAACAACGGCAGAGUUCCUGAUGGCAAACAGACAGAUGGGAGCCAUUCCUGCUUCCAUGUCCCUGCUUGCCAGUUUCAUGUCUGCCAUCACGUUGCUGGGGACGCCAAAGGAAAUGUACGUGUAUGGGACCGAAUACCUGUGGCUGGCCUUCAGCUACUUGUUGGUUAUUCCGGUAGCAGCACAUCUCUUUCUGCCCAUCUUCUUCAGGCUUAAGGUGACCAGUGCCUAUGAGUACUUGGAGAUGCGUUUCAAUAAAGCGGUGCGCAUUGCUGGAUCUCUCACUUUUAGCCUGCAAAUGAUACUAUACAUGGCUAUCGUACUGUACGCGCCAUCUUUGGCAUUGGAACAAGUGACACAAUUAAACAAAUGGAUCGCUGUUGCGUCUGUGGGUGUCGUCUGCAUCUUUUAUACAAGCAUAGGUGGCAUCAAGGCGGUAAUGUGGACAGAUACCUUUCAGAUCUGUAUGAUGUUUGCCGGUCUGCUGGCGGUACUCAUACAGGGGUCCAUUGAACUUGGAGGGUUUGGAAACGCUUGGGAAAAGAACAUAGAAGGAGAAAGAAUAAAUUUUCUUGAUUUUGACCCAGAUCCCCGUGAGCGGCAUACAGUUUGGACGUGUGUGUUUGGCGGGUUUUUUACCUGGCUGGCUGUGUACGGUGUUAACCAGGCUCAGGUACAGAGAGCUCUCACAGUGGUCGACCUCAAGAGAGCACAAAUUGCGUACUGGGUUAACGGACCUGGCUUGGGUCUGAUCUUGAUAGUCAGUGCCAUGUCAGGAAUACUUAUCUAUGCACAUUACUUCGACUGUGAUCCUAAAACAAACGGGGACAUCUCAGACUUGGAUCAGCUGCUGCCCCUAUUCGUUAUGGACAAACUUGCGUUUUUACCUGGUCUUCCUGGUCUGUUUACAGCCUGCCUGUUUAGUGGGGCGCUCAGCACGAUCUCGUCGGGAUUGAACAGUCUUGCCACUGUGUUCACACUUGAUCUCUUUGAGCAGUUCUGCUGCAAGAACAUGUCAGACAAAAGAGCCACCAUCACAUCCAAAAUCAUGUCGGUGGUCUUCGGUAUCCUCAUGAUGGGCCUAACAUACGUGGCAUCGCUGCUUGGAGGCGUUUUGCAGGCAGCCUUAGCUCUGUUCGGGAUGAUAGGAGGACCUCUCCUUGGCGUGUUUACACUUGGAAUGUUCUUUCCUUGGGCGAACUGGAAGGGAGCUCUCGCUGGCCUCAUCACCGGCCUGGUCAUGACGUUCUGGAUCGGCAUUGGUGCUCAGAUCUACAAACCAAUUCUCUGGACAGCGCCAGUGUCCACUGCUGGCUGCAAUGUCGCCAAUGCGACCAACUUGACCACUGUCAUGACCACCAGUCUCACGGGCGUGACGGCCACUUUGUCCACUACGCCAGCUACGACACCUGAACCUAUGCUGGGUGGUUUGUACAAUCUGUCUUACUUGUGGUACAGUGGAUUUGCUGUGUUGGUGGUAGUGGUGGUGGGGAUGUUGGUCAGCGCUGUCACAGGGUACACAGACCCAGAGAAGCUGGAUUACCGCCUGAUCUGCCCAGUGUUUGACGAGAUGUUCUGCUGCUUCCCAAAAUCCUGCCUCAAAACUUUCCGCUGUGGAGUCGACCACCACCCAGAGAAGUUCCACUACUGCUGUGUCUGCAAGGAUGUCGACAAAGAUGACAUUCAGGAUGAAGAGAUUGUUCUGGAAGCCACUGACCACAAGGAUAACAGCGCUGCUCUAAGCCUGACCAACUUGGCAUUUGAGAAAGAUGAAGAGGCAAAUCUAGCCACACAGAAUGGGCAUUUUAAAGGUGGGGAUCAUCCCCAGAAUCACAAGGGGGAUGAGGGCGGUAAAAAUCACAACCCAGCCACUCAAAAUGGUCAACUUGCUAAUGGGGUGGAACUUAUCCACAUCAAACAAUUUUGAUGGCUCUGCUUGCACUAAAACAUAUGGUCAAAAAAAACUUAAAGAUUUUUAUUUGUCAGCUUCAGUUUUUGGAUACUUUUUUUGCGUUGUUCAACUCAUGUAUGGGAAGCCAUGCUUGCAUGUGGCCGAGGUCAUCUUUGGGUUUUCCCAUAAAAAACACUCUGUUUCGUUGGUACUCUCAAACAGUUUGUGAAAUAAGUGUUACAAGCUCAAGGCCACAUUUUGGUAUAAUAAACAAGAUGUCUUAAAAAACAUACUGGUAAUAAAACCAUAAAACUGGUAUUAUUUUAGAUAUAAAAAAGUCGAGUCUCUGCUAAGACUCCUCAUGAUAAUUGCCUCUUUUCUCUUAUCAGAGAACAGAGAUGUUAUUACAUUUCAAUGACAGUUUCUUCAGUCAACAGUUAGGAUGAGAGGAUUUGUUCUCCGGUAUUUUGGUAUUUGUCAAGUUAUCAUCUUCCCACAACAAAAGAAUCAAGGAUGUCUCAAUAGAAAUAAUGGAUCCACUUCUAAUGGUCUCUUAAUAAUGUUCCCGCUGGUUGGGAAUGCAGAAAAAUGUAUUUGAAAUAGAACACUAAAAUUAAAAUCCAAACAACGUAAACAGUUGA